AUCAGCAAGCGGAUAGGACAAAAACAACUACAGGAGGGGGUGUGUGUGUGUUUACAUGUGUGUGUGUGUGCGUAUAAUAGCAGUGAGACGGACGGAGAAGGGAAGACCACAGCAGCUUACUAAGUGAUGAUCUGCCUGCACUCACACGGCGAGCUCGUACGCUCUGAUCUCUCCGCUUCUCAUGUUCCCGCUCACCAUUGAUUCACCGUUGAUUCACCGUCUCAAACACCUCUCUGCUUCACUCCUUCCACCGAAUCUUCCAUACAUUUACUUUGGGAACAUUUAUUUAGUUCUGAGCGGAGGGAUGAGAGGAGUCCCGUGGGAUUGUUUUUGGCUGAGAGUAACAACAGCAGCAGCAGAUGUUUCAAGAUAAUUGCCUAUUUUUUUUUGGUAAACCUGAGGAAGGAAAAAGGAAGAUUUUUUUUACAUUUUCCCUUCUUGGUGGUCAUUCAGAUGAUGAGGACGACUGCUGACAUUUAAACACGGACAAUGGAAUAAUAGCAACAGAAAAAGAAGACCUAAGCCAAGAAGACGGGGACUUUGAUCAUGAAUGCCACGGAGCACAAUGGAUUGACCCUAGGCUACCACAACAGGAGCCAAACCUCAGGCAUCUUGCCACUUAACAAAGACCCAUCGGCCGAGGGGAAGGACUCAUCAGCAGGAUGCUACGAGCAGCUGCUGAUUUCCACGGAGGUUUUCCUCACUCUGGGCAUCGUCAGCCUGCUGGAGAACAUCCUGGUGGUUGCUGCCAUAGUCAAAAACAAGAACCUUCACUCGCCCAUGUACUUCUUCAUCUGCAGCCUCGCCGUUGCCGACAUGCUCGUCAGUGUCUCCAACGCCUCCGAGACCAUCGUCAUAGCGCUCAUUAACGGGGGCAACCUGACCAUCCCCGUCACACUGAUCAGAAACAUGGACAACGUGUUUGACUCUAUGAUCUGCAGCUCCUUGCUGGCGUCCAUUUGCAGCUUGCUGGCCAUUGCCGUCGACCGCUACAUCACCAUCUUCUACGCGCUGCGAUACCACAACAUCGUCACCCUGCGAAGGGCGAUGCUGGUCAUCGGCAGCAUCUGGACCGGCUGCACGGUGUCCGGCAUCCUGUUCAUCAUCUACUCGGAGAGCACCACGGUGCUCAUCUGCCUCAUCAUCAUGUUCUUCACCAUGCUGGUGCUCAUGGCGUCGCUGUACGUCCACAUGUUCCUGCUGGCGCGCUUGCACAUGAAGCGGAUCGCAGCGCUGCCGGGCAACGCGCCCAUCCAUCAGCGGGCCAACAUGAAGGGCGCCAUCACCCUCACCAUCCUCCUCGGGGUGUUCGUGGUGUGCUGGGCGCCUUUCUUCCUCCACCUCAUCCUCAUGAUCACCUGCCCCAGGAACCCCUACUGCACAUGCUUCAUGUCCCACUUCAACAUGUACCUCAUUCUCAUCAUGUGCAACUCCGUCAUCGACCCCAUCAUCUACGCCUUUCGCAGCCAGGAGAUGAGGAAAACCUUCAAAGAGCUUUUCUGCUGCUCACACGUGCUCCUGUGCGUGUGAGUGUCAGCAGAGCUUCAACUCUGAAAGCUACAAUCAGCAAUUAGAAUGAAACUUGGCCGACAGGGACUUUGAUCACUGUGGACUGGUGUAGCUUUGUUGUGCCCUGCGCUCAGGCUGUGCCCUACACUCGGCUGUAAUGAGGGAUAAGUAGGGCAUUUGAGUUGCUGAAGAGGUGGGUUUACAGACACCUUGUAAAAUACUAUCGCUCUGUGGAAAAAAUGCUAUUUUGUUUGGUAGUUAACACCGGUCUAAAGUGCAAUUUGAAGUAAAGAUUAUCAGCGUGUACUGAUACAUAUACUCAAACAUUUUUUCUUGUUUCCUGUCAAAGAAAAUCUAAAUCUCCAUGAUCACCGAUCGUAAAGAUCUUAAUACACCUUAUAACCUUGAUUAUGGAACUUAAAUGUCACAGUGCGUCUACUCUGGAUAUCUAGCAAAGAGAUGAACACAGUAUAUGACAGACGACCUCCAUGUUUGAGAAUGUAAUCCACCUCGUAACAGAAACCAUGAGAGUGCAAGCGGAUAUCCCUGGCAUGUACUUAUUGUGUGUUGCAUUGCAAUGAAUACAUCCUGCUUAACUAAAGUGGGUUUCUACCUUUUUCUGUUUCUAACUGUCUGACACACACAGAGGGAAACGAGGGAAUUUAAAACAGACUACUUUGUAGAAAAGAGGUGUUGAAUGUGAUUUUUUUUUUCAACACUGAGAUCAAACUAGAUGCAUCUGAAAACAAGAAAGAAAUACCACAAUUUCUCUUUGCUCAGUCACUGGGUGACAUACAGUAUUUACAGUGAUGAGGGUAAAUACUCAAUAUUCAGUCAGUCAGUAUCUUCAGUACAGAAUGUCCUGAACAACAAAUGACAGAAAAAAGAUGAUGUAUUUAUGACUUUGAAAUGGGGAAAAUGGGGAUUUCUCAGGCAAAAGAUGGCACUUAAUAAGCAUUUCUGGUUUAAAUGUUUAGUUUAUUUUACCUACAGAAACUUUCCUCUAAAGUGUGUAUUCCCAGUUUUUGGCUCCAUGAUGGCAGCUUUUUUACCCUACCUCAUCAGGGAUGCAGUGUUUGUGAACCGCUGCUUUCCCCUUUGAAGCAGAGCAGCCAAAAAGAGAUUUCUAUCCCAGGGAUGAACAGAAAGCAGCUUCAGUGUUUGCAAAUAGCUAGAAACACAAUCUGACUCAUCACAUCUGUGGAUUUCCAUUCAAAGCUCCUGUGAAUUUGUGGUUUGUGUCGAUAUUUGUGUAAAUUUGCACACGUGGGUUGUUCUCACCCUCAGCAUGUAUGUAUGACCAUACAGAGAUCUAUUUUUCAUCAUAUUUAUGGCAAAAAACUGAAUGUAUUUUUAUGUAUGUGUUGUGUAACGUGUUGCUUUUAUUCUUGCCUUAAAUAUGUUGCGCUGCGAUGUGAAGAGCAACUUAUCCUACGUGACAGUCUUUAUAUAUUGGUAAGUGCUAUUUUCAAUAUUGCCUUAUUUAUUUCUGUCUUUUUAGACUCAGAAGGGCAUUUCGAAGCUCAUACAAUGCACAAGAAAACUGAUGUACAUGGGUGGCUCAUUUUCUGUUAGCUUUGCCUGGAAUUUGAUAAAUGUGUGCUGAUAUGAAGCCGUUUGUUUGACCAGUGUGUACUCUGUGAAUCACUGCUGCAAAGUAACUUCAAUAAAUCAUGCUGCCACCUCAGCAACAGCUCUGUUUGUCAGCUUCCCUGUGCUGUGCAGCCUUUAACCUUUACACAGCGACCACUUUGUUGACUUUUUGCUUUAACGGGAAAAAAACACAAUUCCUCAAAUUCACAUGUCAA